UGCAUGCAGCGGCCCCAAGCCUCGCGACACAGCGACAGUGGCAGCAGGGCGGGCGGGCAUUCAAUUUAGCUUUUUUGUCGCGCCCAUUCAAAGGAGAGCUCCGGGGCUGUGCCCGCAGACGCCAGAUCGGAGCCGGGCGUUGUUUUUUUUUUAUGCAAGGCACGGCGAAGGAACGGAAGAAUCAAGGCUAAUUGAGGUCCGAUUACGAAAUGCAUUGGUUGUAAACAACCUACUGCUACAAAAACAAAAAAAAAAGUAUAUUGAUUAAUUGCCUCUGGGUUUCUUACAGAUUUGGGCAUUUCCAGGUUGCGUGUCGGCCACAACGACUCCCAACAAGUCGCCUGUUUCUGUGCUUGCGACUACUCAAUCCAAAAGCAAAGCAAUUCUUGGCCUUUCGCGAUCAAGCAUUGCAAGCAAAGAUGGGUUUGGGAAUCUUGGAAGAUCGUCAUAUGGACCAUGUGCCGGGGACGACGAGGCACUAUGACGAUCCCAACCGACCGACGCGUGUUGGGGAGGGCGCCACAACCCUCAAGACCACAGAAGAUGGCAUUAUACUGGUGCCGCAGCCAUCCGACGACCCCAACGACCCUCUCAACUGGCCAUUAUGGAAGCGCGAUCUGAUCACCGCCAUCUUGUCCAUGACUGCCAUCUUCGCAACAUCCCUCGGCCCCAUCCUGGCAGCCAACACAAUCACGCUGUCGCUGUGGUUCGGCCAGAACCUGACCAAGAUAGCGAUCCUGACCGGCUACUUCCUCCUCGGCGUCGGCGCCGCGGGCACCUUUUUCGUCCCCUCCAGCCGCAUCUGGGGCAAGCGCCAUGCAUUUGUCGUCGGCCUCCUCAUCCUCAUCGGCAGCUCGGCCUGGGGCGGCGCCGUGUACAAGAACUACGACAGCAUGGUGGGCGCCCGCAUCAUACAGGGCGUCGGCGCCGCGCCCUACGAGGCCCUCGUCAACGCCGCCGUGGGCGACCUGUACUUUGUGCACCAGCGCGGCAAGAGGAUGGCUUUUACGAACUUGGCCGUGUUUGGUGGCGCCUUCUUUACGCCUAUUCUGGUUGGUGUGAUUACACACUCGAUCAUGUGGUGGUGGACGUUCUACAUCGUUGCAAUCUUGUGCGCAGCCUGCCUGCCCCUGGUAGUCUUCUUCUGCCCCGAGACGGCUUACAAGCGUGAUCAGUCUCUCAACACAGAUAUGGGAGUGGAUUUCCAAACAGGCCAUCAGCUGCGCACAUUCUCCGAGGGCUCCGACAGCCCCCCAGCUCAGGGUCAGAGCACAGCUGAUGAGGAGAAGCUGGUGGGUCGCAGCACACAGCAGGGACAAAAUGGCGCAGCCGCGGAGAUCCCGAAGCAGAAGACCUUCACGGAGUCGUUGGCCCUGUUUGACGGUCGCAAGACGGACGAGUCGUUUUGGAAACUUUUGUUUAGACCGUUUGUUCUUCUCGUUGCUCAACCGGCAUUCCUCUGGGCGAGUUUAAUUCAGGGCACCAUGAUCGGCUGGACUGUGUUUAUCGGCGUCAUUUUGGGUAACGUCUUCCUCGGCCCGCCCAAGUGGUGGAACGAGGUCGACACGGGAUAUGCUUACACCGGCCCUUUUCUCGGCGCGCUCGUCGGCUUCGCCAUCUCCGGUGGUCUGUCAGACUGGUCCGCCCGGAAGCUCACAAAGUGGAACAAUGGCGUCUAUGAGCCAGAGUUCCGCAUCUUGCUUACGAUUCCGCAGCUCGUUCUUGGGUGCGCUUCCCUGUACGGGUUUGGUGCGACUGCCGAUGCCAUAUACCAGAACAAGGCCGACGCCCCCGCUUUGCUGCUUUGCUUUGGACUAGAGGUUGCGGCAAUGGUCAUUGGUGCCGUGGCAAGCUCGCUAUAUAUCGUAGACGCAUAUCGGGACCUGUCCAUUGAGGGUUUCACGUGCAUGAUUAUCUUCAAGAACUUUUUCAGUUAUGCUCUGACAUACAAGGCCUACGACUGGUGGUUGGAGCUGAAGACGGUAUCGACACCACUCUUCAACAUUAUCGGCACUGUCCAGCUGGUAAUUUGCCUAACGAGUAUUCCCAUGUACAUUUAUGGCAAGCGGGUUCGCAGCUACUACUACCGCCACGAUAUUCUGGCAGCAUGUGGACUCAGGUAAAUUCCCUGGCCGGCAUCGAAUGAGCUCUGUCCAUGACACCUCACAGGGUAUGGAGGCGUGAAGGGUGGUUUGUGGUUGACAAGAUGAAGGUCGAGCUUCGUCCAACCGGAUUUAAAACGAUUGCGUAAAGGGAGGAUAUAAUAGGGACAAAAAUCACUUCUGUUCUGUUUGUUUCACUUCUUGUCUAUAACAAAGGUUUGGUUGGGGUAUAUUAAUGCUCUAUUUGUAAUAUUUUAUUUGUUACCUAUCCUUAAUUCUCUUUGUCAUUGGCGCCUCUGUGUAUCCCAGGACAACGCGUUCACUAAUGACAGUAACC